GCCGGGGCGGCGCCGGAGCGGGGCCGGGAGCGCGGGAGCCCCGCAGCCCCCGGGACCCCCCGGCCGCCAGCGCAGACUGGAAGUGAGCUCUGGAAAAACAAAGUGGAGCUUGGAGCAUGUGGCCUGAGGAUUGCCUUACACAGCCAGGGGUGGUAGCUGAGCAGUGAGCAGGAUGCCCCCAGGCAUUUACUGCCCUACGGAAUUCUGGUCCAAGGGGGAAAACCAAAGCAUCCAGGUGGACUUUUUGCUGCCCACAGGAAUAUACCUAAACCUCUCAGUGCCCUGCAAUGCCAGCCUGGGCACCAUCAAGCAGGUGCUCUGGAAGCACGCGCAGUAUGAGCCGCUGUUCCACAUGCUCAGCGACCCCGAGGCCUACGUGUUCACCUGCAUCAACCAGACGGCCGAGCAGCAGGAGCUGGAGGACGAGCAGCGCCGCCUGUGCGACAUCCAGCCCUUCCUGCCCGUGCUGCGCCUCGUGGCGCGCGAGGGAGACCGGGCCAAGAAGCUCAUCAACUCCCAGAUCAGCCUGCUCAUCGGGAAAGGUUUGCACGAGUUUGACUCGGUGCAGGACCCGGAGGUGAGCGAGUUCCGCGCCAAGAUGUGCCAGUUCUGCGAGGAGAAGGCGGCCCAGCGGCAGCAGCUGGGCUGGGCAGCGUGGAUGGAGUACAACUUCCCCCUGCAGCUGGAGCCCGCCGCCAAGGGCCUCUCCUCUCUGCAAAUCCCCAACAAGAACAUUUUUGUCAACAUCAGGUUCCAGUCUGGCGGGGAGAGCUUCAUGUUCCAGAUCUCCCCCUGGGAGUUCCCCAUCACCCUCAUGACCUGUGCCAUUAAGAAACAGGCCACUGUGCUCCGCCCCGAGACCGUGCAGCAGCCAGAGGACUACACCCUGCAGGUGAAUGGGAAAUGUGAAUAUCUCUAUGGGAACUACCCCCUGUACCAGUUCCAGUACAUCCGCAGCUGCCUGCAGCGGGGCCUGACCCCCCACCUGACCAUGGUGCACUCCUCUGCCAUCAUUGCCAUGAGGGACGAGCAGACCAACUGCAUCACCAGCCCCCCAAAGGCGGCCUCCAAGCCCCCUCCGCUCCCCAAGAAAAAGCCAUACUAUGGCUCUCUCUGGUCCUUGGAGCAGCCUUUCUACAUCGAGCUGGUGCAAGGCAGCAAGGUCAAUGCAGAUGAGAGAAUGAAGCUGGUGGUGCAGGCAGGGCUGUUCCACGGCACCGAGAUGCUGUGCAAGACCGUGUCGAGCUCGGAGGUGAGCGUGUGCUCGGAGCCCGUGUGGCGGCAGCGCCUGGAGUUCGACAUCAGCGUGCGCGACCUGCCGCGCAUGGCCCGGCUCUGCCUUGCGCUCUACGCCGUCGUCGAGAAGGCCAGGAAGGCUCGCUCCACCAAGAAGAAGUCCAAGAAAGCUGACUGCCCCAUCGCCUGGGCCAACGUGAUGCUCUUCGACUACAGGGACCAGCUGAAGACGGGGGAGUGCUGCCUGCACAUGUGGUCCUCCUUCCCAGAUGAGAAAGGGGAACUUCUGAACCCCAUGGGCACAGUGCAGUGCAACCCCAACACUGAGAGUGCAGCAGCCUUGGUCAUCUGCUUCCCCAGCGUGGCAGCACAUCCUGUGUACUACCCAUCCUUCGAGCAGCUGCUGGAGUUGGGGAGGAAUGGAGAACAGCCCCGAGCUGCCCCAGAAGAUUCUGAGGAGAAGCUGCAGCUGAAGGAGAUCCUGGAGCGGAGGAGCCACACGGAGCUGUACGAGCACGAGAAGGACCUGGUGUGGAAGAUGCGCUACGACAUCCGCGACCAGUACCCGCAGGCGCUGGCCAAGCUGCUCGUCAUCACCAAGUGGAACAGGCACGAGGAUGUUGCCCAGAUGAUUUCCCUGCUUCAGACCUGGCCAGAGCUGCCUGUCCUGAAUGCCUUGGAGCUGCUGGAUUUCAGCUUUCCUGACCGCUAUGUUGGCUCCUUUGCCAUCAACUCCCUGAAGAAGCUGACGGAUGAUGAUGUGUUCCAAUACCUGCUGCAGCUUGUCCAGGUGCUCAAGUAUGAAUCCUACCUAGACUGUGAAUUGACCAAGUUCCUGCUGGAAAGAGCAUUGUCCAACCGCAAGAUCGGCCACUUCCUCUUCUGGCAUCUGAGGUCAGAGAUGCACGUGCCUGCUGUUUCCCUGAGGUUUGGGCUGAUCCUGGAAGCCUACUGCCGGGGCAGCACCCACCACAUGAAGGUGCUGAUGAAGCAGGGAGAAGCACUGAACAAGAUGAAAGCUCUGAAUGACUUUGUGAAAGUGAGUUCUCAGAAGGCCACCAAGCCUCAAACCAAGGAGAUGAUGCACAUGUGCAUGAAGCAGGAAACCUACAGGGAAGCCCUUUCCCACCUCCAGUCCCCCCUGAACCCCAACAUCAUCCUCGCUGAAGUUUGUGUGGAUCAGUGCACCUUCAUGGACUCCAAAAUGAAACCUUUGUGGAUUGUAUUUAAUAGUGAAGAGACAGGUGGAGGUGGAGUGGGUAUAAUUUUUAAAAAUGGAGAUGAUCUGCGCCAGGACAUGCUGACUCUGCAGAUGAUCCAGCUGAUGGACAUCCUGUGGAAGCAGGAGGGCCUGGACCUGAGGAUGACCCCUUAUGGCUGCCUCUCCACAGGAGACAAGACGGGGCUCAUCGAGGUGGUCAUGCACUCGGACACCAUCGCCAACAUCCAGCUCAACAAGAGCAACAUGGUGGCCACGGCUGCCUUCAACAAGGACGCUCUGCUGAACUGGCUCAAGUCCAAGAACCCGGGAGAUGCCUUGGACCAAGCCAUCGAGGAGUUCACCCUGUCCUGUGCUGGCUACUGCGUGGCCACCUACGUGCUGGGCAUUGGGGACCGGCACAGCGACAACAUCAUGGUCAGGGAGACGGGGCAGCUGUUCCAUAUUGAUUUUGGUCACUUUUUGGGGAACUUCAAGACUAAAUUUGGUAUUAAUAGAGAACGAGUCCCUUUCAUCUUAACCUACGACUUUGUGCAUGUCAUCCAGCAAGGAAAAACUAACAACAAUGAGAAGUUUGAAAGGUUCAGGGGUUACUGUGAAAGGGCCUACAUGAUCCUGCGGCGCCACGGGCUCCUCUUCCUGCACCUCUUUGCACUCAUGAAGGCUGCUGGGCUGCCAGAGCUCAGCUGCUCCAAAGACAUCCAGUACCUAAAGGACUCCCUGGCCCUUGGGAAAACCGAUGAGGAGGCACUGAAGCACUUCAGAGUGAAGUUUAACGAAGCCCUGAGGGAGAGCUGGAAAACCAAAGUGAACUGGCUGGCACACAACGUCUCCAAGGACAACAGGCAGUAGAGCAGGAGCUGCCCCUGCCCAGGAGAACAGAGCAGAACAGCACUGACAGCCAGGUGCCUAAGGACUGAACAGGGGUGCAGAGUGCAAGAUCCCCCACCUCGUUCCCAGAGAUCAGACAUUGCUGCAUGACUGAAAAACUGUUGGCCUGUCCUCAGCCACCCCACCCUGGCUGCUGAACAUCCCUGGGGGACAAGGGAGAGACGUGAGGCAAUAAAACUACUGCCUACAGUGAAGGCAGGUGCAGGUACUGUACCCUUGAGAACUCCUUCAGCUUCAAAUGCACAUUUGAAUGAAGUCAAGACAGUUGUAACAUCCCUCCAGUGUGCUAAUGUCUGUGUUUCUAUUUUCUGGAAAAUUUAGCUGAGCAGAGAUCCCCCUAUGCCUGUAGCCUAUCUAUGUCACCACUAUUACAGCUUAGAGGCAUUAACUUCAGCAUGUGGUCACUCCUGCCCUGUGUCAGUGUCCACUGAGGUGGGUCAGCUCAAAGCACACCAAAGCUGACUUGGAUAAAUGGUUUUAUUCUGCCUUGAGACACGAUAAAAACAUCCAGGCUGUCAUAAUGCUUUCUGUUUGCUCCAGAGGCCAAAGUGUUCUGAAACUGAGCUGGAACUCAGCUACUGCUGUCUAGAACUGAUGGCACAAAAGCAGCUUUGAGGUGGCCACUGGAUCAGGUACUUUGCUUUCCAAAGUUAGGCUUCAGUUGAGCCUCAAGUAAUUCCUGCAUUUCUGCAUUUAUUUUGGUUUCAAACCUGAAAACGCUAAGAUUGCAUUUUCAAAUUAAAGUACUUACUGUUUUUCAUAGAAGAUGUUAAGCUGUGAGGUCUAUUCAUACAAACCCUGUUGCCUCUCAAGCACCUGUUGGUAGAAGCAGCAGUUCUGGCAUAGAAGACACCUCAUUUUAAUUUAAUCUAACCCUGGGAGAGCCCCUUUUCCUACACCUUCAGAUGAUACUGUGACUGAAGCACUCAGGCUCUAACAGCUACUUUGGUACUAGAGGGAAAUACUGCAGGAUUUAGAGCUCUGUGCAGGCUGAUCAGUGAGAAACAGUCCUGUGCCUCUGCUCCAUUUCAGAGAGUAAAUAUUGCUAUUUCCUUGCUUAUUAAACUGAUUUACAGAGCAAAAAGUAUGCAAAAAAAGUCUUGGGCCCUGUGCAAGGCGAGAUGCACUGAAAGCACAGCCCCAGUCAGGUUCUUGUGGAAGGGAAGACACUACAAUUCCAGAGCUGCAAAAGCAAUUCUCUUGCAGUGCCAGAGCCUGGUGUUCAGGGUGCUGCAGCACUGGCCCCUGCUCUGCUUACCCCUCUCACAAAGGCCAGGCCCUCACAGAUUUCAGAGCAGUGGCUCCUGUCCUGUCCCUCACUUUGAGAAGUGCAAUAACACAAAGGUGUAUCAGUAUCAGCUGCAAGAACUGAGCACAGUUUUACAGAGCUUACUUAGUCUGGAAAACUUGACUUACCUACGAGCAGUAAAAAUUCAGUGAGUCAUCGUGUGGACCUUCUUUUUUUUGUACACCCUGGGAGGACAUCUUGGAUAAAUCUCUGAGAGCUCUGUUGGGUCAGCAAAGAGCCUUUGACUCCAAAUUCACAAAGCAGCAGCUCACCUGAUGGUUUUCAGCAAGCUGAACUGUACUAAAGAUUGAAACUUAGAGAAUUUUCAAAAAUGUUCCAUUUCAUUACAAGUGGCUUCUCAUUUUUAUAAAUAUGCUAAGAAUGAUAGACUUAUUUCUAUUUAUUUAGAGAUGUUUCUGUCAUUAUUUUUUUUUAAACUCUGUACAAACUGAUUGUGCUUAUUCUGUUGCCUUUUAAAAAGAAGUAUUUUUUUAAGCCAAACCGUGGUUCUGCAAGAAGAGAAUGUUUACAUGUUUAGCUCUUCAGUUGCGGUAGGUACAUGUUUUGUAAAUAAGAAAUAAAGGAUAUUGACGAAUUGUACACAAAUGCUGCCAAGUCCUUCUGUGUUUGAGAGCAAUGACCACAAAACUCUCCUACUCCCCCAGCAGAAGCAAAUUAAUGCAGUUUAUAUAACUGGAUUCUAUUUUGUUUCACUCAGGAAAAUAAAAAAUGCAAACCACCUUUAGAACCAGAAAUUUAUUGUAGCUCAUAGACUUUCCAAACUGACCUGUUACCAAUAUACACAUCUGAAAAGUUAUACCCACAGUGGCUACAAACUGCAUCAGGACAUUACAACCCCUCAGUAUUACCAUUAAGUGAUGAUCAGUUUUGGUCUAAAAUACAGCAGCUACAGCAACAGUAUAUGGAAGGAUAAGUCUUCUACACAUUAACACAGGACAACUGUCAGACAUAAGUUAAAAGUUUCCCAGUUUACUUAAAACUAGCAGUUAAUUACCACAUAAGUAGUCAAAACCAAUUUCCCAUUUUAGAAAUCUAAAAUUUUACAUUAAAAAAAAAACCAAAACAACCCCCAAAAACAGUAAGCUCUGGUGUGGGUUCUUUCCCUGCUGCCAGGUCCAUCUCUAUUGUAAAGGCACUCCUCAGUCAGGCUCCCCCAGAGCCAACCCCAUCAAUCCUGGGGCUGCUCUGGGGAUCCAGCUGCACAAACACGUGCUCAACCCUGAUCUUCCACCCCCCUGUGCCCCUCUCUGGCCCUGCCCUGCCCUGGCUGGGGCACGCUGGGCUCUGCAGCCACGGCCAGGAGCAGUGGCUGGAGCUUGGCUUACCGUGCUCAGGAGGGAAUGCAGUCCCAGGCUCCUGCUACAGGCAGAGCAAGUUACUCUGUAAUCCACCUCCACACAGAUCAAGCAGAAAUUCAUUAUUCACGACUCUGCAUCAGACCAAAUAAAGUUAAACAACCCUGCCUGACAGAAAAAACAGUCCCCCCAUGUUUGUACCUUCCAGCUACUGCCCUCUGCAAUCCCAAAGUGGAACUGGGAUCAGAAAUAACCCAAAUCACAUGAAUUAACAUGAUUCCCAAGGUUUUCUGGUUGGAUAAUUUAUGCUACAGUUUUUCACCAGCAGGAAAACACAAUUACUAAGUGUAAACAAAGGCUUAAAACACCGACAAUCUGUACAAGGGGCUGCAGGGGAGGAGCAGGAGUGUUCAGUGGUAUCAGCUACACCCCAAACCCUCCCACUUCCAAAUUAGAAAAAAAAUUAACAAAACCCCCCCAAAUCCCUAUCCAUGUAGACUGGUAGCCCAGGUGCUCAGACUCCCCUAGACCCAAACCUGUCUGCAGUGUGCACAGCCCACACUGGGCUCCAGGCACUCCCCCAGAACUACCAGGAGCUGUGGCCACAGCAGCACACAGAUCUGCCCACCAUGCAUGUAGUGUUAUUUCCCCAAUAACUUAAAAGCAUUUAUGGCAAGCCUCAAUUGGAGAAAAAAAUAAAAUUAAAACCAAACU